CUGGAUUGUGAAAGUUCAAUAAGGUCUUUGCUGGGAAAAAAGCAAGCAAGCAGGAAAUAAGGUAGAGAAAGAAGAAAACCACAGUCGAAGGUCAGAGGCAACAGCAGUAACAGCAGCGGAGGCAGUAGCGAAAGGAACAUGGCUCUUGGCGAUAUCCAGUCAACCUUUCUGAACCCAUAUGUCCCUUUCAGCGGCUCUAUUCUUGGUGGCCUCAAAGAUGGACUCCAGAUAAUCAUAAAUGGGACGGUCCUGCUUACAGGCAGCAACAGGUUUGCCGUGAAUCUCCAGUGCGGCGGAAAUGACGAAGACAUCGCAUUCCACUUCAAUCCCCGGUUUGAAGACGGCAACUAUGUCGUCUGCAACACCAAGGAGAAGGACAAGUGGGGGAAAGAGGAGAGGAAGAUGAAAAUGCCCUUCCAGAAGGGGCUGCCCUUUGAGAUCCGAAUUCUGGUGCAGAGCUCCUCCUUCUUGGUGACUGUCAACGGGAGUUACUUUCUGGAGUAUCAGCAUCGGCUCCCGUUCCACCGGGUGGACACCAUCAAUGUCCAGGGCAGCGUGCGUUUGACCUUCAUCGACUUCCAGCAUUCCUGGCUCAACCCACCUUCAGUGAUGCCACAGACUCAUGCGGAUUAUCAGAUGGCGAUCCCAGGUUAUGUUAUGCCGUAUUCUACCCCGAUUUUGGGUGGACUUUACCCAUCUAAGGCCAUCAUCAUAUCGGGGACCGUCCUACCCCAUGCUACAAGGUUCCACAUCAACCUGAGACGCGGCGGGGAUGUGGCUUUCCACCUGAACCCCCGUUUCAAUGAGAACACCAUCGUCCGCAACACCCAGGUGGGCCAGUCCUGGGGGACGGAGGAGCGGAACAUGAACUUUCUGAUGCCCUUCAGCCCCGGGCAGAUGUUCACGAUGUACAUCUUGUGUGAAAACCACUGUUUCAAAGUGAUAGUGAAUGGGCAACACCUGUUUGACUACACACACCGUCUCUUAGACUUCCAGAACAUCAACCAGCUGGAAAUUGGAGGAGACAUCCACGUGACCCACGUCCGGGCUUAAGAAUGAUACCCUGCUGCCAAAUAUCUGGGGCCAGGGAAGGGAGAUGCCUGCUAGCGAGACCCUGGGAUAAGAUAAUCUUUUUUCCAAAGUUUCUCCUGGGGAAUGACCAGAUCCCAGCUCAUUCCCCAGCAAAGCAUUAGCGUGGAGUAGAGAAUCCCAAGCAGUGUCUGAUAAAGGGUCAAGGUUUCACCCUUUGUCUGGGCACAGAUUUCUGCAGCCUGAACCUAAUUCCUUAGCUUCAAGGAGUCUAUACCUCUCUCUAGUUAGAGUGUAAGCUCUGUGUGGGUAGGAAGUAUCCCUCAUGCUUCUACCUGAGUUUUCUAAGUGCUUAGUACAAUGCAUUGCACCCAGGGGAUCAACAAAUACCAUUAACUACUGCUAACAGUAGUUAUUAUUAUAAUACCUGCAUUAUAAUACCACCACUGACUAACUCAAUCUGCUUAUCCUCCCUCAUUCCUUCUCUACACUACCCUGCUCUUUCACUCUGAACAUGUGAGACCUCCUUUCCACUCCUUUUUUUCUUCACUCUCCAAUCUGUACUUUUCCUCUCCUUAAAAUAAUAAAUCAGUCUGCAUUUUCUCUUCCCUCAGACUAAUCGAUCAAUCAAUCUUUUGUAUUUGAGUGCUCUCUCUGGGCAAAGCACUGCACUAGACUCUUGGGAGAGUACAAUAAGAACAUCUUUAUAGUUGCCACCUUCCCUCCUUCAAAGCCUGCCUCAUCCAGAGGCCCUUUCUGGUUCAGGAGAAAAGAGGCAUAAAAUUAUUCUUCCUUUCUCUGUCCAGUGUGCUCGGUGUAGGAGGGCUGAGCCUGGUCUAGGUGGUCACCAUUGGGAUGGCAAUUCUCUUUAAGGUGCUGGUUUGAAAUUUUGUAAUUUGAUGGAUUCUUUUUUUUUCUUACCUCUCAAGUGCCGCUCGUAUCCUCCACUGAACACGAACUUGGAACGCUUGAUGUUUUGCUGUUCAUUAAAUGGUUUUAGAGCUGCGGCUGUG